ACCAUUGGAACCUACCCUCCACCCAGUCACCAACACGAUUUUUAGAUAACCGGGGAUUUGUUUUUUUACCAUUUUUAUUUUUCAGUAUCAAAUCUUGAAAAUUUCCGGCCGAAAAAUUAGUUGCCCAACGGGAGAGUAGUUAUCUCUUUUUAAAAAACGAAACCCUAGUUAAUGCCAUUUCAAAUUGAAGAUAAGUAUACUCAUAUAUCUCUCAUAAGAAGAAGAAGGGACGGUUUCUGGAAGAAAAAAAAUUACACAAAAAAACUGAUUUUAAGGGAAAGAAAUCUUGAAAAUGGCGAUUCUAGAAGGGAGAAAUCUUAGAGAAAGAAAAAAGAAGAAUUAUGUAGUAUAUGCUGAUGAGGGUUUGGAGGAGGAGAUACUUGUUGAUGGUGAUGAUGUAAAGGAGACGACGGCAAAGAGUCGUAAAAGGACACUGGAGAAGAAGAAGAAAUGCGUAACUACUGAUGUUCAGAAUAAGAGAGUAAAGUAUAAUACUGAUGGUACUAAAGUUCUAUGCAACAACUGCCAUCAAUGUCAGAGAAAUGAUCGAGGGGAUGUUAUUCGAUGUCUUAAGUGUAAUGACAGAAAACGAUUCUGCACACCCUGCUUAAAAAAAUGGUAUCCUGGAUUUACAAACGAGUACUUUGCUGAGGCGUGUCCAUUUUGCCGGGGAAUGUGCUAUUGCAAAGCAUGCUUGCUCCAGUACACGGAUUUAAUGAAAGAAGAAUUGAAGCUUGAACCAGAAACCGAAGUUAAGUACUCGGUAAUAUUGUUAAAAGCCCUACUGCCUCUCCUGAAAGAGAUUGCUCAAGAGCAAGACAAGGAAAGGAAAAUAGAAGCAAUCUUUCAAGGUACCUUGGGUUUAGCAGUCUCGGAUGUAAAAAUACAAGAUGCUGUCUGCCACACUAAGGAGCGUGUGUACUGCGAUAUAUGCUCUACGUCUAUCUUUGACCUCCACAGAAGAUGCCUGGACUGUGAGUUCGAUCUGUGCAUUACAUGUGCCGGGGAGAUUCGGAAAGGUUCCGUACCAGGAGGUCUGGAGGAACCAAUUAUAGAUUAUGUUGACAGAGGACAGCCUUACAUGCAUGGUGAGUUGCCAUUGGAAACCUUGAUAAAGCAUAAAUCAGUUGCUAAAAGCUCUGAGAACCAAGUUGAGCGAAAAUCUAAUUUAGAAUUGAGGAAUGAUGGUAGCAUAUCUUGCACAACUUGUGGUGGUCUUUUCAAAUUGAUGAGUAUUAUGGGAAAAGAUAUGUUACCGAGUUUGGUAAAAGGUGCGGAGGAAGAAAUAAAAAAGCAUGAACACUCAGAUGCCCCAAGACCUUCACAGCAAUUCUCCUCCUUGAUUUCUUCUGGCCAUUUAUGUGAUGACAUCAAUUUGUUGCGGAGGGCUGCCUGUCGUGCAGGUGGAGAUGACAAUUUUUUGUUUUGUCCAUUAGCCAAAGACAUCGAGCACAGGGAACUGGAGCACUUUCAGAUUCACUGGGGAAGAGGAGAACCAGUGAUUGUUCGCAAUGUUAAUGAACUUUCAUCUGGCAUGCGAUGGGAUCCUCCAGCUUUGUUAAAAGCUCUUCACGAGAAAAGUAAUUCCAAGGUGGUAAAGGGUGACUUUAAAGCUGUUGAUUGCUUGGAAUUAAGUGAGGUGGCGGUUACUGCAACUGAGUUUUUCAAUGGCUAUUCAAAAGGUCGAAGACAUGAUAACUUAUGGCCUGAGAUGCUCAAGUUGAAAGACUGGCCGCCUUCUGAUUUGUUGGAGGAGCGGUUGGGACGCCACUGUGCGGAUUUUAUUUCUAGAUUACCGUAUCAAUAUUAUACAAAUCCCAGUUGGGGAUUUUUUAAUCUUGCUACAAAGCUCCCAGAAAAUUCUUUGAAACCUGAUCUGGGGCCUAAGACGUAUAUUGCUUAUGGGUAUGCCGAAGAACUUGGCCGUGGGGACUCUGUUACCAAGCUCCAUUUAGAUAUGUCUGAUGCGGUGAAUAUACUCACGCAUGUUGAGGAAGUGCCUGUUGAUGAUGAGCAGCGUACUGCUGUAGAAAUUUUGAGAAAGAAGCACAUAGCUCAAGAUAAAGUAGAGCUAUACAACAAGAAUAAGGCCAAUCAUUUACCUUCAGAUAAAUGCAUUCCUGAACCAGAUGGUAAUGAUUUACUUGAUACAAAGGCAUCUUCAGGUGAAUGCAUUCCUGAACGAGUUGGUAAUGAAUUACUGCCGGAAGCUAAUAUUAAGGUCUACACAAGAAGGGCAAAGAAAAUGGAUGCUGGAAUUCCUUUGAAGGUAUCUUCAGGUGCGUCUACAUUGAAGGUCUACACAAGAAGGGCAAAGAAAAUGGAUGCUGGAAUUUCUCUGAAGGAUUCCAGCAGAAAUUCCCACGGAUUAGGUAAAGGGUUGAAUUUGGAAAAUGAGGUUAAAAUUGUGGCAAAGAUAUCUGGUGAUCAGGGGAGAAAACAGAAGGGAAAACUACUUGCAGCAGUUGGUGAAAGAAAUUCGGUGGGGCAAAAAUCUAAGACUGGAUGUCACGAUGAGGGGUACACUGGCGAAGCGAGUUCUAGUAGUCCAAAGAUUGAAGGUGGUGCUCUUUGGGAUAUCUUUCGUAGAGAAGAUGUUCCAAAAUUGGAGGAUUACAUUAGAAAGCAUUAUGGAGAAUUCCGGCACUCCUUCUGUAAUCCUGUCCCGCAGGUUAUUCACCCUAUACAUGAUCAGUCGUUUUACCUAACCUUCGAGCAUAUGAGAAAGCUCAAGGAAGAAUUUGGAAUCGAACCUUGGACGUUUGUGCAAGAUGUUCAUGAAGCUGUACUGAUUCCCGCAGGUUGUCCGCAUCAAGUGCGGAACCUGAAGUCAUGCACCAAGGUUGCAGUUGACUUUGUAUCAAUUGAAAAUGUUCAAGAAUGCGUUAAAUUGGCUGAAGAAUUUCGCCUGCUUCCGCGGGACCACAGGGCUAAGGAAGACAAGCUAGAGGUCAAAAAAAUGGCCAUAUAUGCUGUCCAGAAUGCUGUUACUUUUAUUCAAGAACAUCACAAGUCGGAGAAGAAAAAUCCCCGGAAAUCAAAAUGAACUGACGAAAGAAGAGAAAUUCAGCCUGUUGGAAAAGCCAAGAAAGGAGAAGGUCGAAACUGUAUAUACUGUAACAAGAAUUUUGGUAUAAGUAGAAGUUCCAUUUUGGUACACAAUUAGAAGUUCAAAUAUGUGAAUAGAAUUUUGUUAAUAAUUAAUAAAGUAUUUUUUUG